ACUAUUAAAAAUGAAAAGUAUUUGAAAGAAUUAGAAGAGGAAUCAAAAGUGUUAAAUAAAAGCAUACAAGAAAACGAAACGUUAUCAGAAAAAUAUGGAAGUGAAAUAAAUGAAUUAAACAAUAAAUCUGAAAAGUGUGUUGAACAAAAAAGACAAUGUCAACAAAAAAUAUCAGAAGGGACAACAAAUUUAAAUGAAAUAAAAUGCCAAAUUAUUGAAGUUAAUGAUAAGUACGAUGAAAUAAUAAAAAGUUCUAAUAAGGAAAUUCUGAAAAUUGUGGAUCUUAUAAUGGCAGAGAAAAGCAUAAAAAGAGAAAACAUUUUAGGCUUUUUAAUAGACAAUAUAAAUGUUGAUAAAACGUAUGUUAAAGCUGUUGAUACAAUUUUGGAAAAUCACUAUUUUACUUUAAUUGUCGAAGAUAUGCAAACAGCAAAAAACAUAGUUGAAUUUAUAGAAAAGAAGAGGGAAGAAAAAACAAGCAAAGAAUUUAAUUUUAAAGAAUUUUACUUUGGUAAAUUAACCAUAGUACCUUUAUUAAAUAUAAAAAAAUUUAAUGAAUUUAAUUAUCCCAAUGAUAAAAAUAUUGUUCCUUUAAUAAAAUGUGUAAAUUAUAAUAGCAAAAUAUAUGAAUUCUUAAAAAAUAUUUUAUUCAAAACGAUCAUUGUUAAAUCGUUGGAAUCUUGUGAGAAUUACUUGGAAGAAAAUUAUAACUGUGUGAAUAUUGAUGGGGAUUAUUUAAGCAAACAUGGUUUUAUGUACGGUGGGUAUAAUAAAAAAAAAUAUGGUAUAUAUACAGUUUAUAAUAAAUUAAAGGAAUUAAAGGAAGAAGAGAAAAAAGAGAAGAGUCAUAUAGAAGAAUUAAAUAACAAUAUUGAAAAAAUAGAUGACGAAUUAAGAAAUAUUUAUGACACAAAAUCAAGUACUGUAGCAAAAAAAAAUGGAUGUGCAAGCACAAUUAAUUCAAUAAAUAAUAAUAUUUACUCAAAUGAAGAAAAUAUCAGAUUGACAAGUGAAAAAAUUAAUUAUAUACAAGAGAAAAAACAAAAUCUUGAACAACAUAAAGAUCAAUUGAAAAUGCAAAUAUUACAACUACGAAAUGAUAAUGUUAAUCCUGAUGAAUCAGAGAAAGUCGGACCAACUGAUAUUAAUUCUUUAAAUGAUGAAGUGAAAAAAUUAAAAGAAGAGUUAAAUAAAAUUAGAAAUGAAUAUGAUGAUUUUAAAAACAAAUUGGAAUUAUUAUAUCAAAAAAGAAAUGAGAAUGAUUCGAGUAUAUAUAUGGAGGAAUAUGAAGACGUAGACAUUGAUGAAUAUAACAACGAUUUGGCUGAUAAAAAAGACCACAGUGACAAGAUUGAGAAAGAAAAAAUACAUUAUGAGCAAAAAAUAAGGGAAAUUAAUAAAGAAAUGGAAAAUGUAAAAUCUAGCAUAGAUAAAAUCCUAAUAAACGAGAAGAAGCAUAAGAAGAAAAUUUUGGAUUUAUGUCAUCAAAUGAAUCAAAUAAAUGAGGAACUUCGCAUUUUAGAGGGAAAAGAAGAGAAUAUAAGAAAAAAGAAAGUUUUGUUACCUCAAGGAAUACAAGAAUUAGAAGAAUAUAGAACUUAUGAUAAGCAGCAAUUAUCUGCAAAGUUGAAAUCUGUAACAAUGGAAUUGAAAAAAUACUCAAACGUGAAUGAAAAGGCAGGAGAUAGAUUGAAUAUUCUUAUGAAUGAUUUUAAUGAAUUAAAAAAACGUCAUGAAGAAAUAAAUAGUUCCCACAAAAAUAUUAAGGAUAUGAUACAACAUAUCGGAAAGAAAAAAGAUGAAGCUUUAGAAGCUACCUAUGUAAAAAUCAAUAAAUAUUUUUCUGAGUAUUUUUCCUUGCUUUUUAAAAAUAGGAAAGCUAGUUUGGUUUUAAAAAAAAUGAACGAAAAGGAAUAUAAAGAGAAAUUACAAGAAAUGAGUGAAAAAAGGAUUAAGAGAAGAAUUAUUGAUGAAGAAG